AUGCCUCGCAAGGCGAUUGACUCGCGCAUUCCGGCGCUCAUCCAAAAUGGUAUCCAGGAGAAAAAGCGCAACUUUUUUGUCAUUGUGGGUGACCGCGCCAAAGACAUUAUCGUCAACCUUUACCAUAUCAGAUCGCAAUUUGAUAUCAAGCAAAACAAAUCCGUUCUAUGGGCAUACAAGAAGGAUCUGCUAGGGUUCACGAGUCAUCGAAAGAAGCGCGAGGCGAAGAUCAAGAGGGAGGUGAAGCGGGGAAUCCGAGAAGCGAACGAUGAGGAUCCUUUCGAACUGUUCGUCACCCUCAACCAAAUCCGCUAUGUGUACUACAAAGAAACGGAGAAGAUUUUGGGAAACACCUAUGGCAUGUGUAUCCUCCAGGACUUUGAAGCCAUUACGCCGAAUCUCCUCGCACGAACUAUCGAGACUGUCGAAGGUGGAGGUACGGUAAUCAUGCUCCUCAAGAGCAUGAACAGUUUGAAGCAGCUUUAUACAUUGUCGAUGGACAUCCACUCCAGAUAUAGGACCGAGGCGCACGAUGAUGUGGUCGCACGCUUUAACGAGCGUUUCAUCCUUUCUCUUGGUAGUUGCGAUUCCUGCCUGGUUAUCGAUGACGAGAUGAACGUUUUGCCAAUCUCCGGCGGAAAGAACGUGAAACCACUGCCGCCACCCGAGGACGCCGGUGAUAACAGCAAAGGAACGAAGAAAGAACUGGAAAAGAUUAAAGACGACCUUGCAGAGUCUCAACCCGUUGGAUCCUUGGUCAACCUAGCCAGAACAGUUGACCAAGCGAAAGCACUCCUCACUUUUGUGGAUGCUAUUGCCGAAAAGACGCUUCGAAGCACCGUCACGCUGACUGCCGCAAGAGGUCGUGGUAAAUCCGCUGCUCUUGGUGUUGCUAUCGCGGCAGCCAUCGCUUACGGCUAUAGUAACGUUUUCAUUACUUCACCGAGCCCCGAGAACUUGAAAACCCUGUUCGAAUUUGUAUUCAAGGGAUUUGACGCCCUCGGAUAUGCCGACCACGCUGAUUACACCAUUCUUCAGUCUACCAACCCCGAUUUUAACAAGGCUAUCGUGAGAGUAAAUAUCCACCGCCAACACCGCCAAACCAUUCAAUACAUCCAACCCCAGGAUGCCCACGUUCUUGGACAAGCAGAACUUUUGGUCAUUGAUGAGGCUGCCGCAAUCCCUCUGCCACUCGUCCGAAAACUGAUGGGGCCAUACCUUGUUUUCAUGGCGUCAACAAUAAACGGAUACGAGGGAACCGGCAGGUCACUCUCAUUGAAACUUAUUCAACAGCUCCGCGAACAAUCAAGAGGUGGUGUCAAGAUCGCGGGUCAAGAUGAUACCGAUGUUGCUUCUCGAGCAACUGGAAAAAUCGAGAAGACCUCUGAUAAAGGUUUGGGUGGGCGGUCUCUACGAGAGAUUACUCUGUCCGAGCCGAUCAGAUAUGCACCAGGUGACUCUGUAGAGAAGUGGUUGAACAAGGUUCUGUGCCUUGAUGCGACAUUACCGAAGUCUCGUAUGAACACCCAAGGCUGCCCACAUCCCUCGCAGUGUCAGCUGCUACAGGUUAACCGUGACACCUUGUUUUCUUUCCAUCCUGUCUCCGAAAAGUUCCUCCAGCAGAUGAUGGCUCUUUAUGUUGCCAGUCACUAUAAGAACACACCCAACGAUUUGCAAUUGAUGAGCGAUGCACCCGCGCACCAGUUGUUUGUUCUUGUACCGCCGAUUGAUGAGGACGCGGCUAAACUGCCUGAGCCCUUAUGUGUCAUUCAGGUUGCCCUGGAAGGCCGAAUCAGCCGACAGAGUGUUCUCAACAGCUUGAGCCGUGGACAACGCGCUGGCGGAGAUUUGAUUCCCUGGCUCGUCAGCCAACAAUUCCAGGAUGAAGACUUUGCUGGUCUUUCCGGUGCUAGAGUUGUCCGCAUUGCCACGAAUCCCGAGUAUCUGAGCAUGGGUUAUGGAUCUCGUGCUCUGGAACUGCUGGUGGACUUCUUUGAGGGUAAAUUCACCGACUUGUCGGAGAGCCUAGCGGAGUCGCAGGAGGAGAUGGUCAGGGUUACUGAUGAAGAGCUCACCAACUCCAACCUCCUUGACGACAAUAUUCAAGUUCGCGACAUUCGUUCCAUGCCACCGCUUUUUGGCAAGCUGUCGGAACGUCGGCCUGAUGAUUUGGACUACCUUGGUGUCAGCUAUGGCCUGACGCCGUCUCUUCACAAGUUUUGGAAGCGAUCUUCGUUCGCACCUGUAUACCUUCGCCAAACCGCAAAUGACCUCACUGGUGAACACUCAUGCGUGAUGCUCCGAACCCUAAGUACCGGCUCCAAUGACGCCAGCUGGUUGGGUGCCUUCGCCCGAGACUUCCACCGACGCUUUGUCUCUCUCCUCUCAUACCAAUUCCGAACUUUCGCGUCUGUCCUCUCACUUAGCAUCGGUGAGUCCGCGACCGCAGGCGCCAAACUCGAUCCAUCCCUAGUUCCACCACCUCUCAAGAAAUCCGACCUCGACGCCGCCUUCUCUCCCUUCGACCUUAAGCGACUAGACAGCUACGCGAACAACCUCCUUGACUACCAUGUUAUCCUAGACUUGAUCCCCACCAUUGCAACCUGGUACUUCUCCGGCCGUCUAAGCGGUAACGUCAGCCUCUCCGGCAUUCAACAGUCAAUCCUCCUCGCCAUCGGUCUGCAGCGCAAAUCCGUGGACGAGUUGGAAAAGGAAUUAAAUCUUGCAUCCUCUCAACUUCUCGCCAUGUUCCUCAAGAUUGUGCGCAAGAUGUCCACUCACUUUCGCUCGCUCCAGGAGAAUGCUGUCGCAGAUACCCUUCCCGUGGACAAAGUACCCACCACUGAGGCCGGCCCCGAUGCACAUGACGAAGUCGUUGAUGAGCGCUUCAAGCCCCUCGAGACAAAACUCGAAGAUGAGCUCCGUGAAGGAGGUGAAGAGAUCAAUGCCGAGAUGCGCGAGAAACAACGCGCACUGAUUGACGCCCUACCUCUCGACAAAUACGAGAUAAAUAAUGGAGAAUCCGGUUGGGAAGAAGCAGAGAAGCAGAUCCGUGCUGGCGGCGCCGCAACCGUCAGUGUAAAGUCCUCGAAGCAGAGCAAACGCAAGCAGGGCGAAACGGCGCGCGAGCUCUACGACCAGGAAGUUGAGUCCAAGCGACAGAAGAUCAUCCAGAAGGGGACCGAAGGAAAGAAGAAGAAGAGGUCUUAG